AUGGAGAAUUAUAGAGAACACAAAGAAGCCAAGACAAGGGUGUCUGCUGACAAGGGUGGCCCUUCAGACAAGGGUGGCUCAUCUGACAAGGGUGACCCUUCUGCCAAGGGUGGCUCAUCUGAAAAGGGUGACUCUUCUGACAAGGGUGGUUCAUCUGACAAGGGUGACCCUUCUGACAAGGGUGGCUCAUCUGACAAGGGUGGCCCUUCAGACAAUUGUGGCUCAUCUGACAAGGGUGACCCUUCUGACAAGGGUGGCCCUUCAGACAAUUGUGGCUCAUCUGACAAGGGUGACCCUUCUGACAAGGGUGGCCCUUCAGACAAUUGUGGCUCAUCUGACAAGGGUGACCCUUCUGACAAGGGUGUCUGCUGA